GCCGCUUUCAUAGCGCUUUUCCGCAGUUUGAUAGAAAAUAAUAUAAAAAGAUCAGAGAAAUUCAAACGUCUGCUAAGCGCUUGGAAGGUUUUGAAAGUGAAAAUAUUUAGUUUUCCACUCAACAAUCAAAAACUAAGAGAAUUUUUACACAGGGUAAUAUAAAGUCACAAAGAAGGAUGACGACUGCAACGACGCCGCAGCAGCAGUACCCACAAGAGCAUAUACGCUUUGUACUCUCAGAAAUACCAAGUCGCUUGGAGGCGUUGCAUUUUACGAAUGGAGGCGCAACGACACCUACAGGGGCACCAAAUCGCCACAGUCCCAAUGAGCCAACACCAGCGACCAUAUUUGCUAAUCCUCAUCCUGUAGAUAACGCUACGAAUGUACCGCAUUCUCACGAUAAUAUUUUGGUUCCAAUACCCUCACCCGAUGAAAUGAUAAUACGCCAGCGUGGUCGACGCCGUUUCAAUAAUGCUCCCUCUCCUGAUACAGGUAAUACACCGUUGCGUAUGCCAUUCCAGCGUACACCAACGAAGGUGCCACUAAGUACAAGCAUGAUAUUGCGCAGUUCACCGCGUAAGCGUCUUACCAUGGGCAGUACACCGCCGGCUCCUGAACCACCAAUAAUGCCUUCGCCAACCAAAGCAAAACAAAAAUUAUGGCCGCCGGGAACUCCACUUGUGAAGAAAUUGCGGCUUGAGAGCGAAGAUGGCGUUUGCAAUAAACCAAUUGCGCAAAUUAAUGGAGAAACACCUUUGCCAGUGUUGUUGCAAGGCAUGUCGCAACAGCAACUUAUUGAACUAAUUGUUGACGAGUUGGUUGCGGGUGAUCCUAAAACUGAGGAGCGGUUACGUAUACGACUACCUAUGCCGGAUAUAGAUCCCCUAGAAGAGGAGUUAUUACACGCCAAACGGCAAAUAUUUCGCUCACUGCCCACUUCACGCCUUUGUAAGAAAACAGACAGUAGCGCAUAUUCACGUGCUGCGCUGCAUCUUAGCGAGUUUAAACGUUUACUCAGCGGGCACACCAAACAGUUAUAUGACUCUGGGAAUUGGGAUGCAUUAUUGGACUAUGUUACCGUGGCAUGGCCUAUCGUACGAGCAACACCCCACUGGGAUAGCGCUGCACACAAUGUAAUGCGACGUCAAUGCUUUAAGCUACUAGCGUGCCAUUGCAUUGCGGCGCUGAAAAAUGGUGGACUACGUUUGGGAACAAUGCGCUUACAUGAGACUGAGCGAAAUUUAGUCGAAUGGGCGCGAGACUACGAAGAUGUGCAGUCAUGCCAGAGUACACUGAGCAAAGUGAUUUCGAAAGGUCGUGUAACGCUAUAGUAUUUUCCUGUUUAUUUGAUAAUAAUUAGUUGUAGAAUUUUGUACCGAAAGACUCUGGGGCGCGCGAGCGGUUGAAGAAUCGUCGUUUUCAGCUUAACCAUUAGAUUUUAAAUAAUUCUAUUUUAAUAUAAUUAACUAAAGUAAAGCCAGCGCGUUUAUUUGAAUGUUGCCAUAAUUUAUGCAUGUAAUAUAUAAAAUAACGCUAGAUAAAGCGAUUAAUUGUGAUCAAAAAGACAAGUGACCAAUACAAUCACAACUUAAUGAUAAACUCGAAAAACAAAAAAAAACUUACAUAAGGUUAAGUUUUUAUAUAGCUAAUUAUUUUAAAUGUUAUUUUUUGUUUCGAACUUAGAUUUCAUUUGUAUAUAAUCAACCAUUCAUUCCCGCCAGCUUAAUACAUAUGUACAUGUUUAGCUAGAUUUUAAAAAUUUUCACACCACAUUUGUAAGCAAAAAGAAAACGAACAAUUUUACUGUUUAACGCAGAAAAUCAGGCGAGCUUUCCAGUGCAAGAAUUUCUUUGGUUUUCACAAAUACCUUCACACUGACAAAAUGUAUUACGAAACUUAAGAAUUUGACAAAAAAAAAAUGUUAUCGAUGCAUUGUGUCCUAUAACACAACAACAAAUCGGUUAGCAAAUGCAAAGCACUGUGAACGCACUACUCCGACAAAAAACGGGUGUACUACUUGUAGUACGCUAAGUAUAUCUGGAGUAGUAGUUGAAUUGCUUAUACGCUCCUCACCACUAGAUUUAAAUAUUGUUCAUCCAUAAAAAAAAUGUUCCCUAACCUGCACGACUGGCUUAAAUAUUAGCAAGAUCAACAUAAAAGUGUUUACGUCUACGUUUGGUAUUAUUAUUUUUAGUGUUUUCAUAUUUUUAAGUUGAAAAAUGUGUCUUUAUUUUAAAUACGACCAUGCUCUUGAUACUACCAAAAUCAGAGAGCGAAAGAACAUCGGAGAUACUGGUUUGGUGUAUUAAUAAAAGUAUAUGGAUUAAUUAAAUUUCACAAAUCAUGUCUUAUAAAUUUUAUCUAAUGUUCUUAUUAAUAUAAAUACAAUAAAAUAUUUGCAUUUUUA